UGUCACUUCUCAACUUCAUGAACUUUGGAAAUUGGGAGAAAGAAUACUCAUCUGAUGGAUAUACUCAACCAGCAUCAACCAAUCAGCAAUCUCAUCAUGACAAUCACAAGACGGACAGCUCUUUAGACUCUGACACGAUGUUCCCCAAGGGCGUACGGGUCCGUGCAGACCCACCAACGUUGCUCCAGCUGGUCCUCCUAAACGCUCUCGUGUGUGGCAGCGAGAUUGUCCUCAGUGCCGGGUUUGCGUAUCUUCCUCCGAUGUUGCUGAAGGCAGGUGUUAGGGAGCAGCACAUGUGUGUCUUCCUCAGCCUCGGACCGCUGCUAGCAUGCUUCAUCGUACCUCAUAUAGCACGGGCAAGUGAUAACUGCAGGAGUCGAUUCGGUCGCAGGCGUCCAUUCAUUUUCGUGUUAGGAUUAUUAACGUGUCUCUCAUUACUCAUCAUUCCAUACGGAGAGAACGUCACAUCGUCGAUAUUUCAAAAGAAUUACUGGUGGAUUAAAUAUACAGGCAUAUUUCUGUUGGGCUUGGGGACUGUUCUUCUGGAUUUCUCCGCUCAGGCAUGUCUGACUCCCUGUGAAGCUUUGCUCACCGAUGUCAGCCGGGCGUCGGGAACUAGUGAGCGGACGUUCAUGGUAUAUUCCUUCAUGUCAGCUGUUGGUGGAUGUGUUGGAUAUUUGAUCACGGCUUUAGAUUGGAAUUCUAGUCCGUUGGCUGUAUUAUUCGGUGGCCAGGAGAAGACCUGUUUCACAGUGCUGUUUUUCCUCUUCCUGUUAGCCAUGUUUGCCAGUUUAGGUGUCGCACAGGAAGCACUUAUCGACAAUGUGGAGAUUCCCAUCCAUGACACAGAUGCUACCUCACUCACCACUACGGAUAUCGCUGAUUUGAUCAAAAGUGGUGGCAAUACGAAAUAUGAUCUCGGUUAUGAAAGUCUGAGUAAUCACUCGGAUGAAGGUGAAGCAUCGAUGGAGAAGAGACCUCUCAAAGCAACGGACCGCACUGACGUCAACUCGCCAAGACACAUCAACGUCCAAAUCUCAAAACCUUAUCUAUAUCUUCCAAGUAUCCUGUCCGCUGACCGCAGCGGUGUACACCUCCAUCACAGAUUACUCAAGCGCUUCUCAUAUUUACUCAAAUACUUAACGUCUGGCAUUUAUCAAAAACUACCAUGGGCGAUACAAAAUAUUUGUGAAGCACCUGGCGUCCUGAAAAAAUUAAUGAUGGCUGAUUUCUUUAGUUGGUCGGCUAUUAUGUGCUUCAAUCUCUAUUUCUCAGACUUUGUGGGGCAGUACGUGUACGAUGGCGAUCCGAACUCUGUGGAAGGUUCCAAGGCCCAGAUAGCUUAUGACAAUGGCGUUCGUAACGCCAGCUGGGGGUUACUGCUCCAUUGUGUGUUAGCUGCUCUAUGCUCAGUGUUCAUGGAAACUUUAGUGGAUCGCUUCGGCUCAAAGUGGACGUUUCUCUCUGGGAUGGUCUCAUUCACGAUAGCAUUGACUGUCAUGGUGUUUUCAAAGAAUUUCUUUAUGGUGAUGUUUCUGGCGACGUUGACAGGCUUCUCCAAUACUGUGGUGACCACCAUUCCGUUUUCUCUCAUAACCAUGUACCAGGAUGAUAAAGAGGUGUUUUUCUACGAUAUCGACUACAGCACCCGAGGUACGGCUCAGGAUAUCUCGAUUCUUGACAGUUCCUACUACCUCUCACAGGUCAUCCUGACCAUGAUCGUCGGCUACGUGGCUCACCUCUGUGGGACGGUAGCGGCUUACAUGGUCUGCUCGGCCCUGUUUGGCAUCGUCGCCUGCUAUUGCGUCACCCAGGUGCCGUACAGUCGCCAGGAGAUGAUCACGUCUCUAAGGAACCGACGCCAGCAGAUGAUAUCUAAAGCGACAGAGAACGGCACGGCAAACACUCCGGUGAUGUAGACUGUGAUUAUGGAGGUGAUGAGGUAAUGACGGGUAUGCAGGUAUAUUUACUUGAGUUUUAACAUUGGAGACGAGGGGGGGGGGGUCAUACUCAAAAGCUCUAAGGCCAUUGCCACAACCUAGUGUCAGACGCACUAUUAUUCAUGACACGGGUGACUGUUGCCAGUUUUUCAUGCGUCUGUGGAUGUUGUUCCUACAUUGUUUUUAAACUUGGUUUGUUGAAAUAUGGGUUGCUGGCGACUUGAAAAAGAAUUGACAGGAUAGACUUAUUCGAAGAAGACGAAUCGGUGCCAAAACAAAUGAAAUGCGCUCACUCAGAACACGUCAGAUGGCUGACUUGGACAAUCGUUUGUUGAAGGUGAAACGCAUGACUAGUCAGUAACAUAACGCAUGACUAGUCAGUAACAUAACGCAUGACUAGUCAGUAACAUAACAAACUUCUUCCAAUUCGUCUAUUUAAAGUCUGCAGUUCAUCAGGAACGACUUGCACUGGCGGUCAUGGCAACUGGAGUAUGAAUCGUCUUUGUAAAUCAGACUUGGGUCAGGUUGUGAUGUACUCUUCUUGUAAAUUUUUCCACUCAUUCAUGGAAAUAUUAUUUUACACUUUUUCGACUGAUAAAAUUCGGUUUUAGAAUCAAAAUCUUUCUUUACACUUUGAAUCCAAUCCUAUAAUUCAGGUCCCAGUUGAUUUUAAAACGGGAUUUUCUAGUCAUCAUUUGUUUCAUGUAGAUGUGGUGACAAAUCAUGAAGUCGUUGGUUGACAUCGAUGACAGAGAUUAAUUCAAAUGAAUUGUAUUAUAAAACAGCAUGUUUGUUGAAGAAAAUUGAUCUCGAUGGACACAAAGUAACUAAUCUCACCAGAAAAGGAUGUAAUCAUCGUUAACAUCUUUUAAAGUUGCAUUAUAGAUUUUAUCGAAUUCAAUUGUAGGAUGAAAUUGUACGUUUGUUUAAAUAAACGAUCGAUGAAACAGAAACGACAUUAAAAAAAGUAGCGAGUUAUCAAUGACAUCUUAAGUUGCAUUCUGGGAUUUCAAAGACGGAAAUGAGUUCUCAAAACUAUUCAUGUCUCUCGUGCAACAGGUGGCUGGCUUUUUCCAUUGAUGAGAACAUAAACAAUCUCUCACAUGGAAUAGCAAUACCAAUGAUGAGAAAUGUAUACCGCUAUCAGUAUAGUUGAGUCUUAUUGGCUUGGUAGCAUUCACAACAUGGUAUUCUUACCAAACUGGAGGUAUGGCAUUUCCACAUGAGUGGAGGGGGGGGGGGGGUUUUUUGUUGAGCAUUUGUCAUUGAGUAAAACUCACUGGUUUUCUCCCCACCCAGAGACUAGAGAUGGGCCAU